AUGACUUCUACAUCUUCAAAAUCAACUUCGAUAAUUAAAAACAGUAUAUAUGAUAAAAAGAACGGUGACAAACCUAGUCAUUCAAACUCCCGUAAUAACCGUCCUGACCCUCCUAAACCUCGUCAAAAAAAUCUUAAUGUAAAAUUGCCUACUCCUGCUCCUACUCCAAAAUCUCCUUGUUUUGUUCAUUCAGUUAUUGAUCCAUCAGUUUCAAUGCCACUAGCAGAAAUGAUAAAUCGUUUUGAUGAUGAUAUCACUCAAUAUUCAAAUUUGGCUGAGACCGCUGUUAGUGUUAGAGAGAUAUCAAAAAAACUUGGCAA